AUGAUUUCAACAAUUGGCACAACAACAAUUCAAACAACAACAGCACCAAACUCGUUCGUCAUGAAUCCUACGUCAAUGUUAGUAGAAAUGAAAAACUUCAUUCCUUCUUCAUAUAGUUUUGUAACAGAAAUACAAAGAAUAAAGCAAGAACUUUUAACAAGUAAUUUAGACUGUACCGCACAGGAUGAAGAAAAUGAAGAAUAUCUUUAUGACAUGCAGGACAUUAUUGACCAUUUACCCAAAUUGCCUGAAAUCCAACAACAAAAGCUCACUAUUCCUGAAUUCGAUGAAAUUGAAGUUAAAGUUAGUGAUUCUGCAGAAAUAAAGAAGUUCAUACGUAAAGUAAACUAUGAGUUUCUAGGAUAUCAUUGCAACCAUAAAGUUAUGGACAAAGAUUGCGACAUGGUAUAUAAGAACAUCUCUGACAUAUAUAAAUCGGGGAGUUUAAGACAUACGACAACUUUGUUUCAUUAG